AUGACCAAACGAUUACCCACUUUCAUCAGUUAUAUCACUGAUGUUAAUGUAAAUAACGAUAAAUUGGAGGAACAAACGGCAAUAGCAGAAAUCGGCACAACAAGUACUCAAAUGACAACCACUCUCAAUUCUACACUAUCACGUGGGAAUCUGAAUCCCAACGUGAACUUCAAUCCUAUAGUGACGAAAUCAAAUAGCAUUUUUGAGAUGGCUAUUGGUGACGAAGAAUUAUCGAACAAAUUUGGAUCAAAUAUUGAUGAUAAAUCAAUUUUAUCGAAAGACAAAAGUUGGAAUAGUGGACAUUAUUGUCCAUACUGUCAUGAUGAAAGUCUUCAGAUUCCAAUCAAACAUGAAAGUUGUGAUACAAAGAUGAUAGAAAAAGAGAUGAUUGAAGAAUAUAAAUUAUCGGAAUCAGUAGCAGAAAUGGUAAAGAAGUAUGAGCAGAAAUCACGUCUGGAAAAUAAUUAA